GAAGUAAAAGAGAACAUUUCUUGAAAAAUUCAUGAGAAGCUGAACGGGUACAUACAGUGAAACUCUAAACUAUCACAAUGAAUGAUUCAGAGAUUUCACAUUUUUCAAUCGCCGAUAUCUUCCUGUUGCAACCGUGUGCCACCGGCUACGCCCGUCUCCCCCCUCAUGUUGCAACACCAUCAGACUAAUCCUGGCCCGGGACCAUUGUUCCACUAUGUAUCUAUACUUGCACCGGGACAUCAUGCCGAAAUUGCGCACUACUAUCGGAACAAAAUUCCGAUGGUUGAAAAAAAGUUUUGGUGCCCUGUACUGCGAUGAAGCUCAACUGAAUUGACACUACUUUUACCCAACUAGUACUAAUUUAAAGUUCUAGUGGUGCUAUACCAAUUGUAUAUAAUUGCAAGUUCGAGUUCAAUUCUUUGAUUUCCAACUUCUUCUUAAAUUUGUGCAAUUCAAAUCACAACCAUGUCCACCAGAAUCGAAACUGAUGCCUUCGGCGAAAUAGCCGUGUCCACCGAUAAGUACUGGGGAGCACAGAGUCAGAGAUCUUUGGGCAACUUUGAUAUCGGCGACAUCAGAAUGCCUGAACCAAUUGUUAAAUCGUUUGGGAUCUUGAAGAAGGCCGCAGCAACAGUCAAUGAAGAAUUAGGAGUCUUGGAUCCAAAACUUGCUAAAGCUAUUAGGGAAGCAGCUUCGGAAGUCGCUGAUGGAAAAUUGACAGCCCAUUUUCCGUUGGUCGUCUACCAGACUGGCUCAGGUACUCAAUCCAAUAUGAAUGCUAACGAAGUCAUCUCCAACAGAGCCAUUGAGCUCUUGGGAGGGGUUAUGGGCUCCAAGAAGCCAGUCCAUCCCAACGAUCACGUCAACAUGUCGCAAUCCUCUAAUGACACUUUCCCUACAGUGAUGCACAUAGCUGCUGUCAUCGAGGUCUCGAACCAGUUGUUGCCCAAGUUGAGAGACUUGAAAACUGCUUUUGAAAAGAAAGCCGACGAAUUCAAGGAUAUCAUAAAAAUCGGUAGAACUCAUUUGCAAGAUGCUACACCCUUGACGUUAGGCCAAGAAUUCUCAGGCUACGUCCAGCAGAUCGCCUUUGGCAUUGAAAGAAUCGAACAGACUUUACCAAGAUUGUCGUAUUUGGCGCAGGGUGGUACUGCCGUCGGUACUGGACUCAACACCAAGAAAGGAUUUGACGUUAAGGUCGCUGCAGAGGUCUCUAAACUUACAGGCUUGGAAUUCAAGACGGCUCCAAACAAGUUUGAAGCUCUUGCCGCCCAUGAUGCCUUUGUUGAGACAUCUGGAGCUUUGAAUACCGUAGCUGUGUCUUUGUUCAAGAUUGCCAACGAUGUCAGAUACUUGGGUUCUGGCCCCAGAUGUGGAUAUGGUGAGUUGUCGUUACCAGAAAACGAACCGGGUUCUUCCAUCAUGCCUGGCAAAGUCAACCCUACCCAAUGUGAAGCUAUGACUAUGGUCUGUGCUCAGGUUAUGGGAAACCACACUACGAUUACAUUCUCCGGUGCUUCAGGCCAGUUUGAAUUGAAUGUGUUCAAACCAGUCAUGGCCUACAACUUGUUGACUUCCAUCAGAUUGCUCGGAGACGCUGCCAAGUCAUUCAGAAUCAACUGUGUCGAAGGAAUUGUAGCCAACAAGGAGAAGAUCGCUAAGGUAUUGAACGAGUCAUUGAUGUUGGUCACUGCCUUGAACCCCAAGAUUGGCUACGACAACGCCUCCAAGGUUGCUAAAAACGCUCACAAGAAGGGCAUUACCUUGAAGGAAUCGUGCUUGGAGUUGAAUAUGUUGACAUCCGAAGAGUUUGACCAGUGGGUCAGACCAGAGAACAUGAUUGGUCCAAAGGACUAGUUAUAUGUAAAACAGUGAUAACUAUUAAUUACUCAAUCUAUGAAAUGUGUAUGAUUUAAUCGUAGCAUCAUGAAGGAUAUUUAAUGAAUUAAUCAAUCAAUGAACUCAGUAUACAGUAGUUUGUAGGUAUAGACAAAGUGAAUCUUCACUUUUAAUGUGAAUGUAGUCUACGACGCUAUGGAUUGCACGUCAUCUCUUUCACUGAAAGCAACAUAAUCUCUAUUCUUACCCACGGGAAACCUCUUU